UUCUUUUUCAAUGGCUCGCUGGACAUUGAUAGGAUUAAAAAAAGGUGCAUUUUAUGCAGUGGAAGGCAUUGCCAUUGUGCUUCAGAAUCCCAACAUUAGAAAACAACGCUUUCUCAAGAUAUUCAUUUACCUUUCUGUUGUGUCAUUUAUCUUGUUUGGUUUAACUAAUGUGCUUAUUGCUAUUCCCAUACACAUCGUCAAGGGCAUUCUAUGGCUAACAACAGAUAAAGCAGAUCGUGCAGAAAAUGCGCUUGAAUCAGCCAAUCAAUUCAUACGCGAAGUAGUUGCUUAUGUACCUUUAUUAGCGUUACUGUUUAUGCAAUAUGUCUAUCCAAAACCAUUGGACGAUUUGUUUAUGGAAUCACUACGUUAUGUGGAUGCUAAAAACCCUCAACGACCACCUUAUGCAAGUGUGUUGGCUCAACAGAAAUUCAAGAAACAUUUCUGGCGUGACAUGAGAGACUAUUUAUUUCGAACAUGGAAGAAAUUAAGAAUUGGUCUUGUUUUAUUGGUCUUGUCUACUUUACCUUGGGUGGGUCGAUUUGUAUUCCCUGCUGCUGGUGCUUAUACUUCGUAUCGAGCACUAGGCAAAACACAAGCGGUUGCAGUCGGCAUUUGUUUCUUUUUCUUGCCACAAUGGGCAACGAUGAAAUUAGUCCGUGCAUUGAUCGGGAUGCGCUCAUUGAUGCGUGAAUUGCUCGCUCCUUACUUUAUUCGAAUGAAAAUGUCGCAUAAAGAAAAGUUGAGAUGGUUUAGUGGUCGAAAGGACGUCUUGUUUGGGUUCUCUGCGAUUGCCUAUCUUAUUAUUCGAUUACCUUUUGUGGGUAUCGUUGCUUAUGGUAUCGCUCAGGCAGCAUCUGCUUAUAUGUUGACUGUGGUAACAGAUCCUCCUACAACAGAUAUACUUCAAAAGAAGCUAGAUGAUCGAGAUAACAGUGUACAUGAUUUGUCAGUUCCUCAAAGCACCACUAACACAAAAAGCGAGUAAAUAAAGUACACUAGCCAAAAAAAAAUCGUCAAGCUCAUACAUGUAUAUUGUUAAUUCAUUCAACCCAAUGGCAUAUAAAAGAAUAAAUUCAACAAAGAAAGGAUGAACAAAAAAAGAACAAGAAAAACAGAAAACAAAUAAUACACUUAUAAAUCUUAAUCGACAAUAUGACCAUAAAACCAUGUAGCAGCAAGAAAGAAAUGUUAUGAAUUAAGUGCUUAGAUGAACAUUGAUUGUUGGGGCUUUUGAUAAGAACAUAUGUGUUUAAUUCCAUCAAAUUACACAUCUUUUAAGCUGGAUGUAUAACUAAAUUAGAUCUGUGAGCAUAUCAUAUGUAAUACGUUUGUUAAAAGUGAAUUUCUGUCAUUUUAAAAAUGCCAUUCCAUUUUUCUUGCAGACGCUUUAAACCUUUCAAGUUCAUAUCAACGAAAAUAUAACGGAAG